AUGUUUCGAUCAUUCGUAGUUCUGGCCGUCGCUUGCUCUGUCGCCUUCUGUUGCGAUCCCUUCCCAAAUGGCACUGAGACCAAGUUGAACUGGUCGAUGUGUCCCGAGUCCAACACCAAGGUCAACAGCUUGAAAUUGACCGACAAAGAUGGUGAGUCUUUACUCAAUAUUACACCAUGUAUAAUAGUCAACGCUGAUUCUUUAGUACAGCUUUCAUAAUAUACAAAGACUAUUUUCAACCAUUAUAGGAAAGGAAGUUUACCCAGUAAAGCUGACCGAGAAGUUGUACGUUCACUUGAACGUUGACAAUGAUGCCGACCACGAAAACUUGAGAUUGGACAUUGAGGUAUCCAGCUGGGGAGGAUGGGCCGGAUGUUCAUGGCACAAAGUCCCUACUUUCGGCUUAUUGUAAGUAAAAAAAUGUUAUUUUCAUUUUACGUUAGCUAACAUGUCCUUGAGCAAAGUCGUUGUCAAGUUGGCGUACAAAUUACAAAACUAAUUGGAUAUAUCUUUAAAGAAACAACUUGAACGCCUGUGAACACGGAGUGCCUUGCCCAAUCAAGAAAGAAACCAAGGAUAUCACCAUCGAGGUCGACUUCAGCAAGUACGGAAAGAUCAUCUCCGUCCUCAAAGACCACGCUCCGUACCAAAUCCUCUACAAGUUGACCGACAGAGACAGCAGCAAGGUGACCUGCACCAUCCUGCAAGCUCACGCCAGAACCAAGGCUUAG